AUGAGAUGGGGUCAUAAAGCUAAUCCGGAUAGGUGGUUCAUAAACUUACAACCUCAAUUCCAAGAAGUUGUAGACGCAAUGGAAGCGAAUGGUGAACGAGAUAUAGCUGGUAUUUUCAGCGCGGCUUUAAUGCCAUUGAAAGAUAUGAAACAUGCAGAUAUUUUGGACCAGUAUGAAAUGAACAUGGCUGAUGGAAAUAUAACACCUGACGUUCUAGAACAUUUAUCUCAAAGAACUACACAGAACCAUAGAGAUGGUAUAUUUGGUGAAGAGUUUAGAAAGAAAGUUAGGGAGAGCGAAGGAAGAGAACCUAUUGUACAUGACCUUGCAAACGAAAGUUUACAAAAUGUCAUAAAAACUUACUUUGCAGACAAUGAACUGAGAAGGGAUGAAUAUUUAAGAAAACUCAAAUGGACAGUACCAGAUGAAAUGUUAGUAUUGAAAAACAUGUUCCUUGACAAAAUAAAACCAACUACAGAAAUAAAUGACGCAAGACUGAAACAUUGGGUAGAAGCUUUCCCAUUCACAAAAGAUAUAGUUGGUAACAUGGAAAGAAAACCAGAAUGGCUACAAAAACAUAUAUUUGGAAACGAGCAUAUUCCAUAUGGACAGGCUCUGUUUGAAGAGCUUGAACCGGAAACUCAGGACAGAGUCAUGCAAACAAUACGCGAAGACUCAAAUACAGACUAUGACAAACUCUUUCUAGGAUAUAGGUUACCUGAGAUGGGCGACCAGAGCCAAAAGGCAAAAAGGACAUGGGAAAUUUGCAACAUACUAGAUGAACAUAAUGCAAAGAUGCAACAACUUCAAGCAGAGGGCAAUGAAGGAAAAAGAAGAGUUAAAAACUCAGUCAGGAAGAAAGUAAAGCUUGG